AUGAAAACGGCGACGGCCAGUCAAUGUAUAGAAAAGUUAGCAUAUACAGAUGAUAUUCCCCUUCUUGAAGAAGAUUUAGAUAUGAUAAAACGAUUAGGAAAUAAACAAAUUAAUAUGGCAGAUAAAAUGGGCCUAACCGUUAAUGAUGAAAAAGAAGAGUACCUAGUGGCUAGCCGAAGAAAUAGAAAUUGUGGACAAAAACAAUACAUUGAAAUAGGAGAACACAGUUUGAAAAGAGUGUCACAACUUAAAUAUCUGGAAUAA